AAUCUUAUAUCACUAAAGUAGGCGCGCAGUACGUAAAUUUUACACAACACUUUUAAUUGUGACAGAAAUUAAACGUAAACUAAUCUAAUAAUCAGCUAUUAAAUAAAUAUUAAAUAUGUCAUACGCUAUGUUACGAUAUUUCCGACGAACUGCGUUGUUAUCCAGUAAAAAAAGGCUCGAAAGCACCAUGACCAACCUAACCCAGGAGGACUUUUCGUUUCAUCCUCCUAUGCCUCAAUGGAGCAAAAUAAUUAGGGAAGCAGAGAAAAUAGUAGGAUAUCCGACCUCCUUCAUGAAUUUGAGGUGGUUAUUAAGUGAUGAGUUCGCCAAUCUUGCUGUGCAAUUGCGAAAAAUUGUAGGUAGCAACCAUCCCAUUUUAAAGACGGCUAAAACUCUCCUUAAUAAUCAGCACAACAACCUUCAGCCAUGGGGUCUCAUAAUAUUGCUGUUGUCCAAAGCAACAAAUGAAUCCACCCAUUCAGUACAAAAUACAACACUUGUGGAGCACCAACGAAUGUUAGCCGAGUUAACAGAAAUGAUACGCACUGGCCACUACAUACACAGAGGUCUCCUCAACAUACCCGUUGAAGAGCGAGACAAAACCACAGACACAUCAAUGUUUGCAAACAAAAUUGCUAUAUUGAUUGGUGAUUAUUUACUUGUUACAGCCAACGGAAUGUUGGCUCGUUUGAAAAAUCAAGAUUUGUCAUAUUUAAUAUCUACAGCAUUAAGAGAUCUCAGUGAAGGUGAAUUCUUUGGUCCUCGGGACUGUCAAAACCUGCCUCUACCUGGAAAACCUUCAGAUGGGAAUAGUAUAAAUUUCAAAAUAUCUAAUGACACAGCACCAUUAAAUAACUCAAAUGUGUUAGGGUCACCCAAGGAAGAAUGGAUGAUACGGACUUUGUAUAAUGGUGGGACUUUAUUUGGACGGGGUUGUGAGGGUGCGGUAUUGCUUGCUGGGAAGAGUGCAGCAGAGCAAAAGCAGGCCUACCUCUUUGGCUGCCACUUAUGCUUAGCAUGGCAAGCCGCAAGUGAAUUACAAAAGUUUAGUUCAACAAGCAAAGAGCCAGUUUCUCUUGUGAGUGCCCCAUUUUUAUUUGCCAUUAACGAAAAUCCUGAAUUAUAUGACAUGGUUAAAGACGUACAUAAAAUACCAAGCUUAGAUUUUGAGGAUAUCAAAGCCAAGGUCGCAGAAACUAAUGCUAUUGAGAGAACUAAAUUGUUAUAUUCAGAUAAUGCAUCUAAGGCAAUCCGUUAUAUUAAUAUGUUUGGUAACAACGAGUCAGUAGAUGCUAUUAAAAGAUUCAUCGAGACUUGAUGUAAAUUUUGUUUAGGUAAAUUUUAGGCACAAAUUUAAAAAUAUAUCUUGUAUACAUAAUAGUAAUAAUUAUCAUGUCUUAUGAUAUGCACACCUAUUGUGUGACGUGUCCAAUUGAUACACUACCACUGAUAAUAUUGAUAAAAUAUUUGAAAUAGAAUUUUUACUGUUGCCGCAUCAGAAAUGUUUAUCAGAAUCAGAGAUUAUAUAUACAGAUAUUAUGAAAGUUGCCAGAUAAGUAGGGCAGGGUAUAUUUUGUAAUAAUAUAUUCUUUAGCAUUGUUUGAAGUUUCCGAUUAAUUUUACCUUAACAUAUUGAGUAAUUAGAACAUUUACUUCUUUGCUUUAAUUUGUUUUUGUUUUUUAAAGAUGAAGUUAUACUGUAUAAUAUAAGCAAAGGACUUGUUAUAGUAUUUUUUUUUGAAAAAUGAUUUUUUUACUCACUUAUAUAUAUUUAGCAAUGAUAAAAUGUUGCUAUAUACGCAAUUGCUCGCAACGGUGAUUAUUCCAAAGAAUUGUGUUUAAAAUGAUAUCUAUAUCAGUCGCCACAGGACUUAAGUAAGAGUGGCAUCCUCAUUAACACCAGUAUCUUUUAAUAUGAAAUACACAGGAUUUGUGAAUAGAAAACGUAAAAAACUGUCUGUUAAUAGGCACAAUAACGAUGCCAACUUAUAGUUACUACGUAGAUUAUAUUAAGUUUAUUGUAUGCUUAUUUACUUUUAAUUAUUAUAUUGUUAUACAGUAAGAUGGUUGUUAAAUGUUUGAGGUUGUUUAACUAAAUAUAUUUUAUGAUCAGAUGUCCGAUAAAGCCUAACCUUACAUUUACAUCGUCGUGUUGUAAGAACGCGACCUUGUUUAAUAAUUCAUAUUUUGGAAUCGUUUCUGUUAAUGUGCUCUAGGAUUCCUAUUUGUUGUGAUAACAUCAGUCAUUGUUUUAAAAAUAAAUAAAUAUAAUUGUU